AGAAGGAACCCAGUACAAGUUUUCUUACCUUAGGGGCGGCUGAGGUUGAAAGAGGCUAUGGCUUUCUGUUGACUGAGAAAACGAGGGGUAAAAGAGACGAAAAUAAUUAUCUGAGGAAGGUCCUCUGUCUUGUCCAUUCUGACAUUCUCCUCUGUUUUAUAAUGAAUAAAUUUGAUUAUUUUUCACCUUCUCUGCACUCAUUCAGCACUGCAUUUGAAUUUUUUAAUCGUUCACUCCAUGGUUCAGGGCACCCAUUUUCAGACUUUCAAGCCUGCCGUCCACUUUCGUUUGCCCAGUCAAACCUGCCCAUUGAAUUGCAUACCCUUAAACCCCACGUUCGUAUUUCAAUUUUCUCCUUCUGGAAUCUCAGAUUUUUAUUAUUUUCAGCAUAUCCGCCUGGUUAAUCUUUGCUUCUCAUUUUCUCAUUCUCAAGUCAAAUACCCAGUUGCCAGAAGCUCUCCAUAUUCAUAUUGGUGCCGGUUCUUUCUAUGGUGUUGACCAAAACAUUUCAGUGCCUAUUUUGAUUGCCUAUUUCCAAAUUGCGAUCUGGAAUUCUGUUUUGUUUUGUUUUGUUUUGUUUUUUUGUUUUUUUCAGGCUACUUUAGUCAGUCGGAGUUAUUGAUUACAUAUUUUGAGACAUAAGAUUUUUCCAUAAAAUUCAAGCUUUUGGAAGUGGUGAAGGAUUUAUUGUGAUAUGGCUCAUUAUGCUGAAUCUCUGUCAUUUGGGGGCUCAAACCAUGGUCAGGGUCAACUAGCUGUGCCAUUUCAGACCAACAAGGCUUCUCUCAAGGUUUGUCUGUUACAUGGGAACUUAGAUAUUUGGGUCAGGGAGGCCAAAAACCUUCCUAACUUGGAUAUGUUUCAUAAAAGUUUAGGGGACAUGUUUUCGAAAUUGCCUGGGAAUUUUGGCAGCAAAGUAGAAGGGCAGAUGUCUAAGAAGAUAACCAGUGAUCCCUAUGUCAUAGUAUCAGUAUCAGGUGCUGUAAUUGGGAGGACUUUUGUGAUUGGUAACAGUGAAAACCCUGUUUGGAUGCAGCAUUUUAAUGUUCCUGUUGCACAUUCUGCUGCAGAAGUGCAUUUUGUUGUCAAAGACAAUGAUGUUGUUGGUUCGCAGAUUAUAGGUGCUGUGGGAAUUCCAGUGGAGCAAUUAUGCUCUGGCAUGAAUAUUGAGGGAACCUUCCCCAUCCUUAGUGCUAACGGGAAGCCUUGUAAGUCUGGUGCAGUAUUGAGUUUAUCGAUUCAGUACACCCCAGUGGAGAAAGUGAACCUUUAUCAUGGAGUAGGUUCAGGUCCUGAUUCCCCAGGGGUCCCCGGUACCUAUUUUCCACUUAGGAGAGGUGGGAAAGUGACACUAUAUCAAGAUGCCCAUGUUCAUGAUGGUUGCCUUCCCAAUUUGAAGCUUGAUGGUGGUGUUCAGUAUGUGCACGGGGAUUGUUGGCAUGACAUCUUUGAAGCAAUAAGUCAGGCACGCCGUUUGAUAUACAUUGUCGGGUGGUCGGUGUACCACAAUGUUAGACUAAUUCGAGAUGGUAAUGCCGCAACCAAUUGCAUGUUGGGGGAUCUUCUCAAGACCAAAUCACAGGAAGGUGUAAGGGUGCUGCUCCUUGUAUGGGAUGAUCCUACUUCUAAGAGCAUUUUGGGAUAUAAAACAGACGGCAUCAUGCAAACCAAUGAUGAGGAGACUCGCCGUUUUUUCAAGCACUCUUCGGUGCAAGUGCUACUGUGCCCUCGAUCUGCUGGAAAAGGUCAUAGUUGGGCCAAGAAACAGGAAGUUGGCACAAUCUAUACCCAUCAUCAGAAAACAGUGAUUGUGGAUGCUGAUGCAGGUCACUAUAAAAGAAAGAUCGUGGCAUUUGUUGGAGGCCUUGAUCUAUGCAUGGGCCGGUAUGACACUCCAAAACAUCAUCUUUUCAGGACUCUACAAACAGUGCACAAAGACGACUUUCAUAACCCUAACUUCACGGACCCUCCUGUUGGUUGUCCAAGAGAACCAUGGCAUGAUUUGCAUUCUUGUAUUGAUGGUCCAGCUGCAUACGACAUCCUCACCAAUUUUGAGGAGCGCUGGUAUAGAGCAUCAAAACAACAUGGGCUUCAGAAGCUAAAAGCGUCUCAUGAUGAUGCGCUACUCAGGAUUGAAAGAAUUCCUGACAUUAUUGGGAUGGCAGAUAUUCCUUACCAAAGUCACAACGAUCCAGAGGAUUGGCAUGUACAGGUUUUUCGUUCAAUUGAUUCCAAUUCUGUCAAAGGAUUUCCAAAAGACCCAAAAGAUGCUACGAAAAUGAAUCUUAUAUGUGGGAAGAAUGUGCUGAUAGACAUGAGCAUACAUACAGCAUAUGUGAAGGCAAUCCGUGCUGCCCAAAAAUUUAUUUAUAUUGAAAACCAGUACUUCCUCGGAUCAUCAUACAACUGGGAUUCUCACAAAGAUUUAGGUGCAAACAAUUUAAUACCAAUGGAAAUUGCUCUCAAAAUUGUCAACAAAAUAAAAGCGAAUGAGAGAUUCUCUGCAUAUAUUAUUAUCCCAAUGUGGCCAGAAGGUGUUCCUACAAGCACUGCCACUCAGCGGAUUCUCUAUUGGCAGCAUAAAACAAUGCAAAUGAUGUAUGAAAUGAUUUACAAGGCUUUAAAGGAGGUUGGACUAGAGAACAAGUAUGAGCCACAAGACUAUUUGAAUUUCUUUUGCCUUGGCAAUCGUGAGGCACCAGACAGGGAAGACAAUUUAGAAGCAAAAAAUUCAACUUCUGCAAAGACUCCUCAAGCUCUUGCUCGGAAGAGUAGGCGUUUUAUGAUUUAUGUCCACUCAAAAGGAAUGAUCGUGGAUGAUGAGUAUGUCAUAUUGGGGUCUGCAAAUAUCAAUCAGCGGUCAAUGGAAGGCACCAGAGACACUGAAAUAGCAAUGGGUGCAUACCAGCCUAAUCAUACUUGGGAAAGAAAACAUUCUAGUCCACAUGGACAGAUCUAUGGAUACAGGAUGUCAUUAUGGGCAGAGCACACUGGAGUGCUAGAGGAAUGCUUCAAGCAACCAGAAAGCCUUGAAUGUGUGAGACGGGUACAGUCCAUGAGUGAGUUCAACUGGAGACAAUAUGCAUCCGAUGAGGUAUCAGAAAUGAAGGGUCACCUAUUAAGGUAUCCAGUCGAAGUUGAUCAAACAGGCAAAGUGAAGCCUCUUCCUCGCUAUGAGACAUUCCCAGACGUGGGCGGGAAUGUAACGGGUACAUUUACAGUCAUUCAAGAAAAUCUCACCAUCUAAUCUACUUGAUGAUACCGAUUCCAGAAUGGCUGACAGUUUACUCCAAUUUAAGUUCACCAAUGAAGAGUGUGCUUCUAUCCAAUG